AGUGGAAAGAGUACACUCAUAAGUGCUUUGUUUCGCUUAGUUGAGCCAGCAAGCGGUGACAUUCUCAUAGAUGGGAUUAACAUAUGCUCAAUGGGGUUGAAGGAUUUGAGAAUGAAACUAAGCAUCAUCCCUCAGGAACCAACUCUUUUCAAGGGCAGCAUCAGAACCAACUUGGACCCUUUAGGCCUGUAUUCAGAUGAUGAGAUAUGGAAGGCUUUAGAGAAAUGUCAGCUUAAGGAAACUAUCAGCCAUCUUCCAAAUCUCUUAGACUCUCAGGUGAGUGAUGAAGGUGGAAAUUGGAGCUUGGGACAACGGCAACUGUUUUGUCUUGGAAGAGUACUGCUAAAGAGGAACAGAAUUCUUGUUCUGGAUGAAGCCACUGCCUCCAUUGACUCUGCCACAGAUGCAAUUCUACAAAGAAUUAUCAGACAAGAGUUUGAAGCAUGCACAGUUAUUACAGUGGCUCACAGGGUUCCCACUGUUAUAGACAGUGAUAUGGUUAUGGUCCUCUCCUAUGGGAAAAUGGUGGAAUAUGAUGAGCCUUCGAGACUAAUGGACACCAAUUCUUCAUUUUCUAAGCUGGUAGCUGAAUAUUGGGCCAGCUGCAACAAGAAUUCCUCCUAAAAUCUUUGUUUGUAAGUAAGAUUGAAAAAAUAAAUGAUCGGACGAUCCUACGGUUGAAUAAAAUAAAAGAUU